GGCAGCGCGCCAGCUCUCUGAGGGUCAUGCCGGGGUCACGGCCCUUCUUCCUUUCGCGGUGCAUGCCGGGCUGUUGGCGGAGCGGCGCGUGCGCUUCCGCCCGGGCCUUGCUGCUGCGGGUACCGGGGCUGGUUCCAAGAUGGCGACGUCUCUGGGCUCCAACACCUACAACCGGCAGAACUGGGAGGACGCGGACUUCCCCAUUCUGUGUCAGACAUGCCUUGGAGAAAACCCUUAUAUCAGAAUGACCAAAGAGAAAUAUGGAAAAGAAUGCAAGAUUUGUGCCAGGCCCUUCACAGUGUUUCGCUGGUGCCCAGGUGUUCGAAUGCGCUUUAAGAAGACAGAAGUGUGCCAAACAUGUAGCAAGCUGAAGAAUGUAUGUCAGACCUGCCUGCUUGACCUGGAAUAUGGUCUACCUAUUCAGGUUCGAGAUGCAGGACUCUCUUUUAAAGAUGACAUGCCUAAAUCUGAUGUCAAUAAAGAGUAUUACACCCAGAACAUGGAGAGAGAAAUUUCGAACUCUGAUGGCACAAGACCAGUUGGUGCUCUAGGAAAAGCUACUUCUACCAGUGACAUGUUGCUUAAACUGGCUCGGACCACCCCUUACUAUAAACGCAACCGACCCCACAUCUGUUCCUUUUGGGUGAAAGGAGAAUGCAAGAGAGGGGAAGAGUGUCCCUACAGACACGAGAAACCUACAGACCCAGAUGAUCCUCUGGCCGAUCAGAACAUCAAAGAUCGUUACUAUGGUAUUAAUGACCCUGUAGCUGAUAAGCUUCUGAAACGGGCUUCAACCAUGCCUCGUCUGGACCCACCUGACGACAAGACCAUUACCACAUUAUAUGUAGGAGGCCUGGGAGAUACCAUCACUGAGACUGAUCUGAGAAAUCACUUCUACCAGUUUGGGGAGAUCCGGACGAUAACCGUGGUACAGAGGCAGCAGUGUGCAUUCAUCCAGUUUGCCACACGGCAAGCUGCUGAAGUGGCUGCUGAGAAAUCCUUUAACAAGCUUAUUGUCAAUGGACGCAGACUCAAUGUCAAGUGGGGGAGGUCGCAAGCAGCAAGAGGGAAAGAGAAGGAGAAAGAAGGUACUACAGAAUCUGGUAUAAAGCUGGAGCCAGUCCCAGGGCUACCUGGAGCUCUUCCCCCUCCUCCAGCUGCAGAAGAAGAGGCAUCUGCAAAUUACUUCAACCUACCUCCCAGUGGCCCUCCAGCCGUGGUUAACAUUGCCCUGCCACCACCUCCCGGCAUUGCUCCGCCCCCACCUCCAGGUUUUGGACCACACAUGUUCCACACCAUGGGGCCUCCACCUCCCUUCAUGAGAGCCCCAGGCCCCAUCCACUACCCUUCUCAAGAUCCACAGAGGAUGGGUGCCCACGCUGGGAAGCACAACACUCCCUAGCACCCCAUUGACCUGUUCACCGUUUGAGUAGAUGUCAUUUUUUUGGUUACCAUGGUAGCAUAAUAUGUUCAGCUGUGGGCGAGCUGGAGACUAAGCCUUGCUUCCUGCUUGCACGCACAGGGCAAGAUGAGCUCUGUGUUGCCACUAGUUAAUCUGGUCAUUCAUAUAACCUGAAUCAUUCACUUACUAUCAUGGGUGGGGGUUGUGGGAGGGAGGAAUGUGGAGAGACGUGAUCUAGAGGGUCUAUGAAUGAAUUGUACUAGAAUUACAGUCCCAUCAGUGUAUUCAGUUUUGCACAUUUUGAAAUAAAUUUGUCUCUUGGGGAAAAAAACA